AUGCAAGAAUCAUAUAAACAACAUUUAUGUGUGGUGCCGGGUAAUUCAAGAUCUUGUGAAGGGGACAGUGGAGGUCCGAUGAUUUGCAACGAUUUGCAAUAUGGAACUUGCGCUUUUAAGUAUGCCACCGAUGGAACGGCCAAUGUUAACUGUAGCAAUUUUAAUACGCAGACGAUUUAUAUGUUCCUUCAUUAUCAUCAAAAAUGGUUAAAGAAUAUAACAGGAGGAAAAAAAAAGAAGGAAAAAAAAAGAAAACGAAGUUCUGGGAAUUUGCUUAAGGCACGUCAUUACUCAUUGUAUAUAAUAUUUACAAUAUUAUUAUGUAAUAUGUUGACUUUUAUUUAA